UUUUGUCAAACAAAGGAUGCUUGCUAUUACAACAUGUGUCUCCAUCGGAGUUCGUGGGGAUAAAAUAGCCCAAACAGCCACCGUCACCGCCACCGCCACCGGAGUUCAAUUCAAGAAACAGAACAAAAAUGGUGAAGAUACAGUGUUCAUACACCGUGACUCCCUCCGAGACCAAACCAACACCACCACCAACACUCUCUCUUUCCCACUGCGAUCAACUCAAACUCCCCAACCACGGUUCUCAAAUUUACCUCUACACUCCCUCCACCACCACCACUGAACCACCUCCACCACUCUCUAUUUCAAUCCACACCCUCAGAACCUCCCUCAGCAAAGCACUCACCCACUACUACCCCUUCGCCGGCCGAUUACACUGGAUCGAAGCUGGUCGCAUGGAACUCCUCUGCAACUCCAAGGGAGUUCACCUCCUAGGAGCAACCUCCGAUGUCCCUUUCGAUGAUUUUGGAGAUUUAGCCGAUACCCAUGUUGCAGAACAGUUGGCGCCGAGGGUUGACUACAGUGUCCCGAUUGAGGAAGUGCCAUUGCUGGUUGUACAGUUAACCUGGUUCCCUUGUGGUUCCAUCACGUUGGGACUUACCCUUUGUCGUGUCUUGGUUGAUGGAACUUCUCUUGGCAGAUUCAUGAGCUUCUGGGCUAAACUGGCUAAGGUAGAGUCAUUAGAUUUGAGUUUGUUGCCAUUUCUUGAUCGAACUGUGUUGGAUUCAUGUAGGCUUAAUUUGUCACCUCGUUUUGAACACCCUGAGUUUUCUCCACCACCCAUUUGGGAAGGUAGCUCCAAUGUUACAACAACAUCACUUUAUGCCACUGCUGUUUUCAAAUUAACUAGAGUCCAAGCUGGGAAACUGAAGAAGAAAGCCAAUAGUAACAACAAUGUGCGAGGUGGUUAUACUAGUUUUGAGGUUAUGAGUGGUCAUUUGUGGAGGUGUGUUUGCAAGGUGAGGUAUGCAGGGAAUGGGAACCAGCCAACAAGGCUAACAACAUUGGUCAAUUGUAGGAACCGGUUGAGUCCACCUCUUCCGGAUGGUUACUUCGGGAACGCGACGUUUCCUGCGGUGACACAGACUUGUUCCUUUGUUGAGAUUAUGCAGAGUCCUGUGGGUUAUGCUGCUGGGAAAAUCAGGGGAGCGGUUCACAGGAUGAGUGAUGGGUAUGUGAGAUCUGCUCUUGACUAUUUAGCGGAUCAAAAGGACAUGAAUUUGGUGAGGGACAGGCUUUACAACUCUGCUGGACAAAACCCGAAUUUAUAUGUGGUUGGUUGGGCCAAUUUUCCAUUUUAUGAAACGGAUUUUGGGUGGGGGAAACCUGUUUGCUUGCUUCCAGGGAGCAUUGGUUCUGAUGGUAAGGCUUUCAUUCUCAAUGAUGUGAGUGGGGAUGGCUUUGUUGUGGCUGUUUGUUUGCAACCUUCCCAUGUUGAUGCUCUCAAGAAGCUGUUUUAUGAGGAUAUUGAACCUGCUGCUACUUCCAAAUUGUGAUGAGACUCAAGCUUGGAUUUUGCUGCUGCAGCUUCUAUCAUAUAUAGGUUCAAUACCUGGUUGGGGUUGGUCGAUUUAGUAACACGCGUGAAGGUUAGAGAGAUUGGAACAAAAGAGAUAUAAGGUAGAGAUAGGAUGAUUGAUGUGGUGGAAAAGGAAUGGAAGAAAAAACUGGUGUCAAUUUAUAAAAGAUGUACUAGACUUAGUCCUGUGUGAUUCACAAAUGUAUCAAUCUUAUGUAAAAAAUUUAAGCAAAACAUUAUUUUUAUUGUCUAAUAAUAACAUCAUAUAGAAACAUUUUCAGUA